CGUUUUCCAUGACGAUUACCGUGUGAGGUCUUAGUUGGUUAUUAUUGUUAAAAUUUGUCUAGCGAAGCUGUAGUUUGUCACACUACUAAUAGUAUUAGAAUAGUCAGAAUUAUCCCUUGAAUACGUAUUUGCCUAUAUUACAGAUUUUAUACUCUCGGCUUACAGGAAAUGAGUGCUAAUCAUAUGUUGGUGUUUUCUGGCUACUUUCCCGGUUACGUUCUCGAAAACUGUUUUGGUUUUGCAAUUGUUUAUCAAGUAUGGAACGGCGUACUGGCAGCUGUAUUUAUUACAUGUUUCGACACCCUUUUCAAUGGCCUGGCGAUAUUUAUUGUCCUUCGGCUGAAAGUACUGGGUAAGAAGUUUGAAAGGUUCGAAGAGUUGUGCCGAACGAAAAGUCCUAAAACCGUCCUUAGAAGCCUUGUUAUUGAACAUCUUGACAUAAUCAGGAUGAUCCUUCUUCGGCAAGCCGUCUAUGCCUUCAUGAUCCCACUGCUCGCACUCGGUGAAGCCAACCAUUGGUUAACUACUACAGGCAACUUCAUCCAAAAAUGCUUGAUCUUAAACAAAGUAAACGCUACCGAUGAAAAAGCACUUCCUACCAUCAAAAAAUGCAUCCAGAAAAGGCUGUUGAUAGCAGUGGACAGAGCCAUUUAUUCUGAAGUGAUAAAAGUGGGUGAUGGUGUAGAGCUAGUCAAGAUGGAAGGAAGUAAAGAGGAUAGGUCUUUGCUAAAAGUAGGAAGGGGAUUGGAAGACAUGGAUAUCGAGACUGGGGGCGGUUGGAAGAACCACAUUUUACGUAAACUGGCAGAGCUGUUCAGAACGCACGUACUCAAAGUGAAAUUAGCAACUAUCACCCCUACUAGGGAAGUAGAAGGUCGCGGUCGCCGAAAAAAGGACAUGUUCGGCCACAUGCUGAUGUUCGGCCUGGUAGCAGCCGGACUAAUAGUCAUCCCUUUGGGCUUCAAAUUCCUGGCUGUGCUGGGCGGCAAGGCACUGCUCCUGGCAAAAAUGGCGCUCCUGCUCACUUCCAUCCAAGGGCUGAAGAAGAUAGCGACGAGCAACUUCAACUACGGCCUGUACUCUACGUUCCCCGCUCAGCACCCCACUGGGCAUGGACCAUGGCAUUAUGAUCGGAAAUGGCCCUACGACCCUUCAUCGGAAGGCGGAGGAUAUGGGAACUAUGGUCCAGGAUAUGAUGCAUCCAGAUUCGACAUAUUACAUCCUAGGAGAGAGCUUAUUGUCCAUGGAACCACGUGAUCAUCGCUGCACGUUCAGAAGGCAUGGAAUUAGUACCAAAUAAAAAUGUAAAUUUCAUAAACUUUAUUUAUAUAAACGUUAUGCUUAGUAA